AUGGAUAUGGAAAUCUUAACAAUGGAAACUCAGCUACCUUCAAGGGGUGGUCAGCAAAUAAUGGUCCUCAGGCUCCUCUGCCCUGGCAUUGCUGCAGCUGAUGAGUUCUUGCUUUUGGCUCUGCAUUGUCUUUUAAAAUCUAAAUAUAUUUGGAAGUCAUUUACUUUACCAAAAUGUUUCCCAAACUUCAGUCAUUCAUAUGCUAUCUUCACAAUCCUGCUGUAUUCAUAUACUACCUUUUUAAAAUAUUUCUUUUUAAUAUCUAUGCUAAGUCACUCAGUCGUGUCUGACUCUUUGCUGCCCCAUGAACUGUAG